UCUCACUUCCAUGGUGACGAAUCCAAACCGGAGGUGAUCGGCGCUCUUUUCAAACGUUAUUACCGCGGAAAUAUGUUAACUCACGUUGCCUAGCUAACUAAUGGAGAUCAACAUGUAACGCUUUAAUGAAUCUAGUGCAAGUUAUUGGUUCAAGUGAGGUGUUUAUGUCGGCGUUGUAGUAUUAAGGUGACGUUGGUGAGGCUAACGUUAGCUGUCAAUAAAGCAGAGCAAGGUAAACUGGAAGGUUCCUGGUAUUUAAUGCUAGGUAACUGGUUAAUGGUAAUGAAACGGUGCUGACUGGUGGACUGGUGCUGACUGGUGCUACCUGUUAUGACAGAGCCGAACAGCAGCCAUGAACAGCAGCGCAGAGAGGAAAUUCGUCAAUUUGCGGAAACGUCUAGAUCAACUGGGAUACCGACAACCACUGGGGAUUGAGUCACUGCCACUAGUGGAGAAACUAUUCAGUGAUCUGGUCCACACAACUGAGAGCCUGCGCAAUGCCAAACUGUCGGCAGGGAAGACUGAGAAAGAAAGCCGAAACGUUGAUGCUCUUCUGGAGCCGUACAGGGCAGAGAAUUCCCGGGUGGUAAAGGAAAACAAUGAGCUGCACCUUGAAUUGCUCAAGUUGAAGGAGGAGAAAGAUCGGGUCACCAGAGAGCUCAAGACGCACGUCAGAAAGCUAGACCAUGAGACAUCUGACCUUAAGUUCUUAAAUAAUCAGUAUGUGCACAAGGUUCGCAGCCUGGAAAAGGACAGUAAAGCUAAAGCUGAGCGCAUCCAACAGCUGCAGGAGAAGAACCUGCAAGCUGUUGUGCAGACACCAGGUGGAAAAAAGCGCAGCAUUCCCUUCAGACGUCAGAGAAUGCAGAUUGAUGAGCUCAUACCUCCCUCCUCUACAUCAGCUUAUCCUGUGUUGCAGCCUGAUGAUCCGUAUGUAGCUGACCUGCUGCAGCUGGCAGAUGGGAGAAUUCAUGAGCUACAGGAAGACAUCAUCAAACUGAAAUUAGACCUGGAAAAUGCUCAGGAAGUUAUAAAGCACUUAAAUACUCAGGUGGAGGAGAGGGAUGAAGAAAUUGAGCGUUUGAAUCGUGCACUUCAUGGAGGACGACCUCAUGAUGUGAUAUCCCUCGAGGCUCAGAACAUAAGCAACGAAAAACUGAUUUCCCAUCUUAACCUUCAGAUUGAGUACCUGCAGGAGACCAACAGGACACUGGAGAAGAAGGCAGAGGGACUGCAGCAGAAGAAGAUGGAUGCCUCCACAGAGGUGGCCAAUCUGUCUUUAAAGAACCUGGAACUGUGUGAGGAACUGACACACAUAGAUGAUCUUGCAAAGCGGCUGGAAAUGGAUAAAGAAUGGGUGUUGGAAACUGCUAAUGUGGAACUACAAGAAAGUAAAAAAGAAAUUCAAAGGCAACAGAAAGUCAUUGAAGACUUGGAGGAUAUCAUCACAAAAAUGAGAAGGGGGCAGUCUGAAGGUGAUUUUGAAAAAGACCGUCUCAGCGACCAGCUGGUGGAGCUCAAAGAGCAGACUGAGAAGAUGGAGGGCCUGGUCAAUUUCCUGGAAGGGGAGAAAAUCAGGCUGCAGGAUAAAGUGGAGAAAAUGAUGGCAGCUGACAAAGAGAUUGUGCUGGAGUUGGAGAGCAUGCGGACUAAACAUGGUGUUUGUGGAAGGGAACACUCCCCGUCACGUCUGGAUGCAUUUGUCAAGAGUCUAGAGGAGGAGAGGGAUUACUAUCGCCAGGAGGCUGAGCGCUACAGAAGAGCCAGAGGGGCUGGUGGUCUGGGCGCAAGCCCCAUUCGCAGUCCAGGCAGGGGAAGAAGUAGAGGAGGUGUUGCAGAGGCAGAACUGCUUCCUUUACUAAAGGAGAGGGAUGAGCUGAAGGCUGCUCUGUUGGAGUUUGAGAAGCACACGGAGGACAUCCAAAACAAUGUGAAGGCCCUCAGCGCUGAGAGGGACCAUUUCAAAACCCUGUUUAAACAGGCUCAAGAGGACCUGAAGCUGGCUCAUAGCACAGAUUUGUCAGCUGAUGUCAUGAAACUACAGGAGGAGAUGAAACAGGCAGAAAUCAAAAUCCAGCGGAUGGCCACUGAAAGGGAGGCACUCAUGGAGAGAUUAAAGGUUGCCCAGACUUCAGCUGGCACUGACAGACAGGGAGAGGAGCGGAGGAUACUGGUUUUGGAGAGUGCCAUUAAGAAUUUAGAGCAGGAGACACUGGACCUGCGGUCACAGGUGUGUCUGCUGAAGGAGAACCGGGCGGCUGUGGAGGAGGAGCUGAAGGUGCAGUCUGCUGCUCUGGUCCAGAAAGCAGAGGAGGUGGCCCAGCAUAGGGCUGAGACCAGCACUCUGAGGCUGCUACAGGCGCAGAUGGAGCAGUCAUUGUCUGACACUCAACACAGGCUAUCUGUGAAGAUGAAUGAGUUGCAUGCUUCCCAUGAACAGAUUAAGAAACUGGAGGAUAAAAUAGGGAAGCUGAGUCAGUGGGACUCCAAACACAAGGAGGAAGUGGCUGUUCUGCAGAAGUCGAUCUCUGCCCUGGAUAAAGAGAAAGACACUCUGCUGGAGGAGGUGGAUCAAAAGACUGAGAAUCUGGUUGCUCUUCAGGAAGAGCUGUCUAAUAAGGAAAAGACCCUUAAGGAUGUGAGACUCACAGUCACAAACAUGGACAACUCAUUAGUUCAGCUGCAGUGGGCAUUAAAGAGUCGUGAGAGGGAGAUAACCAGUCUGCGGAGACAGCUGGAUGCUGCUCAGGAUGAGCUAACUGGACUCAGGAGAGACAAAGAAAUCACAGUCAGAGAGAACAGGAGGCUGCAAGAUGACCUGGCCACAAUGACCAGAGAGAACCAAGCUGUACACAUGGAGAUGGAAGAGGCUUUGCAUGAGAAGGAUGAACUGAAGAUGAGGGUUCACUCUUAUAUUUCUGAAGUGUCCAGAAUAGAGAAACUGAUGGCUGCAAAGGAGCAGGAGAACAGGGACCUGCUGGAACGGUUCAGGGUGGCUCACUUGGAAAUGGAGGAACGGGAGCAGAAGCUGCAGCAGGCUGAAGGCCAUACUAACUCAGUCCGCCUGGAGCUGCUCUCCUCUGACACAGAACGCAGACACCUCCGUGAUACUGUCGGCCAUCAGGAGAGAGAAAUCCAGCAGCACUUGCAGGCCCUACAGGCUUAUGAGGCCCAAGUAUCAUCACUGGUUCGUGGGACGUCCCGACUAGAAGAGGAGCUACACAAAGCGCAAGAGGAGAGGGCCGCCCUACUGUCUGAUUUGGCUUCUGUUCGGGAGCUGUGUGUCAAACUGGACUCUGGCAAGGAGCUCACUGCUCGUCAGCUCACCUCCACAAACAUGGACCUGGAGAGGGUCACAGGAGAACUGGAGGAUGUUCGGUCAGAGGCAGAGAUACUUAAAAAGCAACUGGCCAGUGAGAGGCUGACGGUCCGUAACCUUGAGACGUUACUCUCUGCCAAUCGGCACAAGGAGUUCCAAACUCAAAUGACAGCCAGCGAAAGAGAGUCUGAGUUGAAAGUUCUGCGAGACAGGCUCAUACUGGCUGACAGCAAAAAUGCGGAGCACGCCAGGGAGGUGUCCCAGCUCCGUGGCAAAGUGUCUCAGCUGCAGACAGAGAUGGACGUUCUGAAAAGACAGUUGACCACAGAACGCUUUGAACGUGAAAGGGCAAUUCAGGAGAUGCGCAGACAGGGUUUGUCAUUCUCAUCUCUGCAGAGCUCAUCACCCCUCAGCGUCUCCACCAGUCCUCAUCACGUCUCCUCAGAACGUUCCAUCCCACAGAGUCUUGACCGCGCCACUGAAAAGUCAGCAGACAAAAGUGUGAGCUUCAAGGAUUAGCCACCA